AUGUCUCUCGACCCCGCAAAACCCGUUGCACACGAUACCCCCCAGGCCUGCACUCGAGAGCAUUGCCUCCAUGCAUUCGAUGCCCUCUACUGCAGUUUGACCGAUGCAGAGCCAAUACCUCCUAGAUUCCCAGAUGAGAAAUACCCUCUGUUUGUGACUUGGGAUAUAAAGCAGCGAGGCGAGUGGCAUCUCCGUGGAUGCAUAGGCAACUUUGAGCCCAUGCCCAUCCACGACGGGCUCGCCGAAUACGCCCUCGUUAGCGCAUUUAGAGACACCCGCUUUAGAAAGAUAGACAGGAGCGAGCUAGAGCGCUUGAGAUGCAGCGUGUCGCUCCUAACAGAUUUUGAGCGCGGAGAUACCUAUCUCGAUUGGACGAUCGGCGUGCAUGGCAUCCGCAUCUCCUUCCCACAUCCAAGCCUCCUCCAGCCCUCAUCCGAGGCCCCGUCCCCGCUCUCUUCAUCCGGUAGCCUCCCCCGCGUAUCAUCCAAGCAGACAUUUUCUGCCACAUAUCUGCCCGAAGUCAUUCCUGAGCAAGGAUGGGACAAGAUCGAGGCCAUCGACAGCGCCAUCGAGAAGGCAGGUUGGCGGCAUAGAAUUACAGAGGACCUUCGUCGGAGCAUCAAGCUGGUGCGAUACCAGAGCAGCCAGUGCAGCGUCACCUGGGACCAAUAUAUCCAAUGGAGGCAUGAAAUGACACAUUGA